AGGAGUGGCAGACCGAGCACCGAAGAGGAGAACAGAAAAGAAAGAAAUUCUGAAGGAAAAAAAAACAAAACAAACGCGAAGACCUCCACCGUUUCAUCCUCUUCUUUCUUCCUCUAAAUCCCCCAAUCCGUGCGAUCGCACCACCACCUGCCGGCGGCAACGGCCCGGCGACUGCCUGAGCCCCUCCUCCGGCGGCCAAUCGCGACGAGCCCCGGGCUCCCCCCCGUUCCAAACCCUACCCGUCGAACCGCGCGCCUCGAUCCGUUCCCGCCACGCCGAUCCCGCGCCUGCCGCCGCAAUCCGGCCGGGAUUCUCCGCCUCGAUCCCUUGCCCGCCCGCCGGUACCUGGCUCGCGGAGGAGGCGGGCGUCACCAUGUUGCAGUGCCUGGAUGGGGUGAAGCACCUCUGCGGCGUGCUCCUCAAGUGCUGCGACAUCGACCUCAAGCAGCCCAAGGGCCUCGAGGAUCCGGAGGUCCUCGCCAGGGAGACCGUCUUUAGCGUGAGCGAGAUCGAGGCGCUGUAUGAGCUGUUCAAGAAGAUCAGCAGUGCCGUGAUUGAUGAUGGGCUGAUCAACAAGGAGGAGUUUCAGUUGGCGCUGUUCAAGACUAGUAAGAAGGAGAGCUUAUUUGCUGAUCGUGUAUUUGAUUUAUUUGACACAAAACACAACGGAAUUCUAGGAUUCGAGGAAUUUGCCCGUGCGCUCUCAGUAUUCCAUCCCAAUGCUCCUCUUGAUGAGAAGAUUGACUUUUCUUUCCAGCUAUAUGACCUCAAGCAACAAGGCUUCAUUGAAAGACAAGAGGUUAAGCAAAUGGUUGUUGCUACACUUGCUGAGUCAGGAAUGAAUCUUUCAGAUGAAGUUAUAGAGAGCAUCAUUGACAAGACUUUCGAGGAGGCAGACACAAAACAUGAUGGGAAAAUCGAUAAAGAAGAAUGGCGCAAUCUAGUACUGAGGCAUCCCUCGUUAUUAAAAAACAUGACACUUCAGUACCUCAAGGACAUCACAACUACAUUUCCAAGCUUUGUCUUCCAUUCUCAGGUUGAUGAUACAUGAAGCUAUGAGAUCCUAUUUUUGCCCCCAAUGAAACAUCAGAAGGUAGUCCCAGUGCUUUGUUAAGCAAGCUUUCCAAUGCUAGCUUGAAGGUUCAGCAUAUGCCAUAGCGUUCCGAAGUUGCAUGAUGAUUUUGGGAAGUCAAACCCUUUGUUGUUAAUAACGCUUCGUUUCUUGUUUUUAUUCAAAAUUCUGGCUGAAAUCCCCCUCCCCUCCCCACCCUCUUCUUCUUUUUCUUUUUUUGAAUUUGGUUGUUGACUCAACGUUUCUUGGUGUACAAAGCUGCAGCUGAACUUCCCCUUUAGUGAAUUGUAUUUUACUCAUGAAAGUAUUAUAUUGUAUAUUUAUACUUAACGACUGCUUGAGACAAGUCCGAUUCGAUUAA